CUUCCGUGUCCAGCCAGCUGAUAUUCCGAUAACCUCAAAAGUUUACAAAACAUGGGCAAUUGAGUCGUUUUGGUCUUAAAUUUUAAUAGUUAAUUGUUCAGUUCAUGAUAUGACGACAUCCGAUGCCGCGGGUUAAAUGUCGCCGCGAUCAAUGAUAAGUGGGGAAGACUCGUGGUUAGUUUGAUCAUUGAUAGGUUGUGGAGCCGCGUCGAGGUCAAACUUUUCGUUUAAUUGCAUCGUUAUUACGUUUCACGUUUUACUAGCCAGUCGCCGCAUAGCAGGCUGAUGUGUAGUGCUAUCUUGCGUGGUGUAGUAGUGAGUAGAAGCAUAAUUAGAAUGUUUUCAUCAAAACACUCCUAUGAGGAGGCUGUACGUAAACUAAACUCUCUACAGUCGCUUAAAGCAAGAAUUGAAGAGAUUGUUAAAGAGAUUAAAGCAGGAAAAAGAUGUACAAAUAUGGAAGAUAUGGAGAAUUAUUUACUAAGGACUGGAGUUACUCUGUCCGACUUAGACCAACUGUCUGUGAUACAUGUAGCAGGAACCAAAGGGAAGGGUUCAACGAGCGCGAUGUGCGAAUCAAUACUACGGCGGCACGGGCUCCGCACAGGGUUCUACUCGUCGCCUCACCUGGUGGCCGUGCGUGAGCGCAUUCGCCUCGGUGGCCGCGUGAUGAGCGAGGAGAACUUCGCGCGCCACUUUCACCGGGUGUACGACAAGCUGGAAGCCUCGCAGGUUAGGUCCAUAUUACUGUGGCACGGGCUUCGUACGGGGUUCUACUCGUCGCCUCACCUGGUGGCCGUGCGAGAGCGCAUCCGCCUCGGUGGCCGCGUGAUGAGUGAGGAGAACUUCGCGCGCCACUUCCACCGGGUGUACGACAAGCUGGAGGCCUCGCAGGGUCGAUAUUGCGGGGGCCGCGUGAUAAGUGAGGAGAACUUCGCGCGCCACUUCCACCGGGUGUACGACAAGCUGGAAGCCUCGCAGGGUCGAUAUUGCGGGGGCCGCGUGAUGAGUGAGGAGAACUUCGCGCGCCACUUCCACCGGGUGUACGACAAGCUGGAGGCCUCACAGGUCAGGUCCAUAUUACUGUGGCACGGGCUCCGUACUGGGUUCUACUCGUCGCCUCACCUGGUGGCCGUGCGCGAGCGCAACUGCCUCGGUGGCCGCGUGAUGAGUGAGGAGAACUUCGCGCGUCACUUUCACCGGGUAUACGAUAAGCUGGAAGCCUCGCAGGUCGAGUCUAUAUCACUUCGGCACGGAGUCCGUACGGGGUUUUACUCGUCGCCGCACCUGGUGGCCGUGCGCGAGCGCAUCCGCCUCGGUGGCCGCGUGAUGAGCGAGGAGAACUUUGCGCACCACUUCCACCGGGUGUACGACAAGCUGGAGGCCUCGCAGUCUACUCAUAGCGAGCCGUGUGUCUUACGUAUAGGGUCCAUAUUACUGUGGCACGGGCUCCGUACUGGGUUCUACUCGUCGCCUCACCUUGUCGCCGUGCGCGAGCGCAUUCGCCUCGGUGGCCGCGUGAUGAGCGAAGAGAACUUCGCGCGCCACUUUCACCGGGUGUACGACAAGCUGGAGGCCUCGCAGGCGUUCGAGGGCGACAUGCCGACGUACUUCCUGUUCCUGACGGUGCUGGCGUACAACGUGUUCCUGCAGGAGAAGGUGGACGUGGCCGUCGUCGAGGUCGGCAUCGGCGGCGCACUCGACGCCACCAAUGUGAUAAGAAAAGUUCCUGUAGUAGGCAUAACGGCGUUAGGGCUGGACCACACAGCCAUCCUGGGGAACACAUUGCCUCAGAUAGCGGCCGCCAAGGCCGGUAUUAUGAAGCCGGGCUGCGAGGCGUUUACGGUGCGACAGCCGCCCGAGGCUAUGGAGGUGUUGAGGCGCGUCGCUGGUGACGUCAAGUGCACACUAAACGUAGUUCCCGAUUACGAAUCUUAUACAUUCCCGAACGGGUACAAGACACAUCUUCAAAACAACCUUGACGCCUUCCAUACCAACGCGUCGCUCGCCAUACAACUGGCCCACAGCUGGCUACGGAUCAACCAGCUACAAACCAUGAACUUACGGAACGCUCUCAAAAGAACUAUUGUCAAUAGUAAAGUGAUACAAAAUGGUUAUAAAAACCUAGACGCGCCGUACGGGUUGGAUAUGGAAAAGAAUCUCUUGGAUGGAGGCAUGGUGUGUCAAGUACCAGCCGAGACAGCGCAGGGUUUGAGCGAGUGCAAGUGGCCUGGGCGAUACCACGUGGUGGACGCUACGUAUGCGAAGUUCUACUUGGACGGGGCUCAUACUAAGGAGUCGAUAGAGAUCUGCGCCAGUUGGUUUAGUGAUAAUAACAGAAAUCAAGACAAAAUCCUAAUAUUCAGCGUGACAGGAGAUAGAAAGCCUGAAAUCUUGCUGAAACCAUUAGCAGACUUGGGUUUCACGCAUGUCUACUUCGUCGUGCCGACAGCGCAUAAAGCGAUAAAUGAACACAACGACAACUAUUCGAAGGUGGAGCAGGCAGAUUUUAUAUCUAGGUGUGAGAGGAACGCCGAGGCUUGGAAACAGCUAAAUGAAAACGCGGGACAUAGCAAAGUCAGUGUUCUAGAAUGUGUACAUGAUGCACUAGUAAGCAUAAAGAAUAACAACAAAAACGGCAAUGUAUCUGUGCUAGUUACAGGUUCCCUACAUUUAGUAGGUGCCACUCUAUGUAUUUUGGAUCCGAAUUUAAAUACUUAAUGUAAGGAAAAGUGAUAAUAAAUUAAUAUUUAAGUAAA